AUGACGGCGUCCAUAGGCGCCCAUUUCGUAGCAUACGGAUCUCUGCGAUCCCUGAGACCCCUCUCGGAAAUCCAGCGCUUGAGCUUGCUUUCGAAAGAGGACAACAUUGAUUUCGUGUCCCUCUUAACCCCUAACAUUCUCCCACGCAACGACUUCGGAUCGCCGUGGUACGCCUGGCAGGAUCUGCACAGCGUUAUGAACCGGGGGCCGGUGUCGAUGACCAGCAUCGAGCACUUGCCUGUUGAAUGA